AUGGUCGGAAGGAUCUUUCUCCUUUGCCUCUCCGUCUCCGUCACGGUGGUCAUCGCCGGUAACCUCCCACCACCAACAUUCACCGAGAAAGGCAAAGCCUUGGCUGAGAAAUUCUGCGAGAAAUCCGAAGACAAAGCGUUCUGCGUUGCGAGCCUAACGUCACGUCCCGAGGCAGCAACCGCAACCGCACCGAAACUCGGCGUGAUCGCGUUGAGCAUCGCGUCUGCAAACGCUUCGGACAUGUCUUUCUACAUCAAAUCGAAACUCAAGGAGAAGAACCUCGAGCCCGCGUUGGAAGACACGCUCGACGAUUGCUCCAAGAGUUACCUAGACGCAGUCGCGCAGCUCGACGAUUCUCUCGCCGCUUUGCUCGCGAAUUCGUACAUCGACGUUGACAUUUGGCUCAACACGGCGAUCACCGACGCAGAGUCGUGUGAAGACGCUUUGAACGAACGUGCUGGUAAUGACGCUGAGCUUGCUCGUAGGAACACAAACUUCUUGAAGCUUUGCAAGGACGCUCUUCUCAUUAACACCAUUUUAACUCCAUAA